GGGUGGGGGUGGGGCGUGUUUAGAAUCUUUAUUGAAGUCUUUGCUGGAUAGGUUGCCUGUGGUUUCACCUGUUCCCCUGGCGGUUCCGGUGGAUGGAGGGUCUGGGGCGCCAGUGGCGGCCCCGCAGCAGGUGGCGAAGGCCUCUGUGGUGUUAGCAGGGAUCCAUAAGGAUUCGUGUUUUUGUGGGGUUAGCCCUUUGGGGGCUCAUUUGGAGGAGUCGGUUAGGGAGAAGAUCUGGUCUCACCAAUAUGUGGACAUCUGGUCUUUGGUGUCGGUCGAUCAGCAUGGGGUGGAUAAGGAGCGGCGUUUUGUGGAUAAGCCCUAUGAUAAGCGGAUGAAGGUUGCGCGGACGAUGAAUAAUUGGUUGCAGGCGUUUGCGGUAUUGGGGUGUGUUAUGGGUCAGAAGCAUCCGGAGCGUUGUGCGGAAUUGUUUAUUUACAUGGAUACCAUUUAUAGUGCGUAUAAGGCGCAUGGGGGUAGUGCUUGGUGGAAGUACGAUGAGGAAUUUCGUAGGCGUUUGGCGCUUCAGCCUGAGCUGGGGUGGGGGGUGAAGGCCACGGAUGUCUGGCUCCGCUUGAUGACGGCGCCUCGUCCGCCUUCCUUUCCUGGGGCGGCCACUGGCGCUGGGGCCUCGGCGGCCCAGGGUCCAGUGGCCGUUAGACGCCCGGGUGCAUGUUGGUUGUACAACGAGGGGCACUGCAAAUACGCUGGAUUGUGUCGGUACAAACACGAAUGUUCUGCCUGCGGGGGCUCCCAUCCCGCGGGUAGGUGUCCCAGAUCCCAGGGUCGAGGGGGUAAGCCAGCGGGGGCCUUUGAUCAGAAGGACUCCGGUCAGCGUGGAAAGGAUGUCCCCUUGGUUAGACCGGUACCCCAAUAGGAGGGCGGCGGAAGUUUUGCGGACGGGGUUUUCGGAGGGUUUUUUCAUACCUUUUGUCCUUAAUAGAUCUCCGGUUCUUUCGGACAAUCUUAGAUCAGCGAGGGAGUUUCCGGAGGCCCUUAGGGAGAAGCUGCAGAAGGAGGUGGCAGCAGGCAGGAUUAUGGGGCCCUUUGUUCGCCCUCCCUUUUCGAAUUUGAGGGUUUCCCCGUGGGGGGUUGUUCCCAAAAAAGAACCGGGCAAAUUUCGCCUGAUACAUCACUUGUCCCACCCGAAGGGCGCAUCUGUGAAUGAUGCUAUCCUUCAGGAGGAGGCUUCAGUGUCGUAUGUAUCUUUUGAUCGGGCGGUGGCGCUGGUACGGGAUGCGGGGAGGGGGGCCCUGUUAGCUAAGUCGGAUGUGGAGUCUGCGUUUAGGCUUUUGCCUAUCCAUCCGGAUUGCUUUCAUUUGCUUGGGGGUUGUUUUGAGGGUUUGUUCUAUUACGAUACCUGUUUGCCCAUGGGAUGCUCCAUUUCGUGCCACUAUUUCGAGAUGUUUAGUACAUUCUUGGAGUGGGUGGUGCGUGUUGAGUCCGGGUGUUCGUCGGUUAUUCAUUAUCUCGAUGAUUUCUUGUUUGUAGCACCGGGGGGGGAUGGAGCUUGUCAGGCUCUCUUAUCUUCCUUUUUGUCCUUGAUGGAGCGUUUUGGGGUUCCCAUAUCGGCUGAGAAGACGGAAGGUCCGGUGACGCGGUUGUCGUUUUUGGGUAUCGAGAUUGAUUCCGUGGCGAUGGUUUUUCGUUUGCCUCAGGACAAGUUAGUCGGGCUGAAGGCUUUGAUUGAUGGAUUUCUGGUGGUCCGGAAGGUGACGCUUAGGCAGUUGCAGUCGCUACUUGGUUUGUUGUGUUUUGCGUGUCGGGUUAUGCCUAUGGGGCGGGUUUUCUCGCGGCGGUUGUCGUUGGCGUCGAGGGGGGUGGUUUCUCCUCGGCAUCGCAUACGGCUGACAGCGUCUCUCAAGGCGGAUUUGAGGGUUUGGCGGGAGUUUUUGUGCUCUUACAACGGCCAUACCUGUUAUAUUUCCCAAGAAAUAUCUAGUUGCGAGUUGGAGCUGUGGUCCGAUGCGUCUGGUUCCUGUGGAUUUGGCACGGUGUUGGGUGCGGAAUGGUGCGCUUCCCCGUGGCCGGAGGAGUGGAGAGUUAGGGGUUUGGUGAGUAACCUGACGUUGUUGGAAUUGUUCCCCAUUGUGGUGGCGGUGGAGAUUUGGGGGGGCAAGUUGGAGAAUCGUCAUGUGUGCUUUUGGUCGGAUAACCUGGGGACGGUUCAGUGUAUUAACAGGUUGUCGUCCUCGUCGUUGCCGGUCUUAGCAUUACUUCGGCAGUUGGUACUACGAUGCUUAGAACGUAACAUUUACUUUAGGGCCCGCCACGUGCCAGGGGUGGAUAACAGGAUUGCUGAUGCUCUCUCUCGGUUUCGUUGGCAGGUUUUUCGGGACCUUCAUCCGGAGGCGGAGAUGGAUGGGCUGGCUUGCCCAGAUUUCCUGUGGCGGCUGGUGCUCAACAGUUGAUGACGCUGGUCAGCUCUUCGGUUACGCCGGCCACUUGGCAGGCGCAUGGAAUGGCUCGUCCGGUGGUCUGGUUGUUGGGGCAUUCGUACAUCUUUUGGGCGGCACAGAGGGCCGAAUGCAGGCCGGGAGGUCGGAGCCUUGGUUUCAGGGAAGUGGAGGUUCAUUGGAGGGGGCUUCGGGGGUUAAGAUGGUCUCAAGUGUUGCCGGAGGUGGUGGAGAUUGGGCGUAGAUCGGUGGGGCCGGUGAUCCUGGUCCUGCAUGCAGGUGGAAAUGACCUGUGUUCCCAGAGGAUGUUGGAGUUAAUGGCCUUGAUGAGGUCUGACCUGGAACGUUUCCCUGCCUUUUUUCCGGAGCUAGUUGUAGUAUGGUCGGAGGUGGUGCCGAGAGUGGUUUGGCAUGGCGCCAGAGAUGGGGAGGCUAUGGAGCGGUGUAGGAGAACGUUGAAUGCCCGAAUGUCUCGCUUUGUACGCUCCAAGGGCGGGGUAGUGGUUCGUCAUUGGCAGUUGGAGGGCGAUAAUAGUUCCUUGAUGAGACCGGACGGGGUGCACCUCACGGAGAUUGGUCUGGAUAUUUUUUUGUCCGGUUUGCAGGAUGGCAUCGAACAGGCUUUUAGUUUGCUGGGUGGUGGUCGGAGCCCCGUUUGAGACGGUCCUCCUCCGUGGCGGCAUUUGGAAAGCAAGUCGUGGUGAAGAGUGACUGGCGUACGUACGCCCUGGGGAUCCAGGGUGGUACACCGCAUAGGAGGAAUGAUCUGUGGAGGAGGUGGUGUUUUGUUACCAUUUUGUUGAAAGAAAAAUUUGCUGUGGCCGAUCAUCACCCAGUAAAGGAUUGGUUAAAAGAGAUAAGGUGUCAGAGUUUUUAUUGGGGUGGGGUAAAUGGGGGGGAUCCGGUGGUCUCCUCUCCUCCCCCUUUCCCCUCAGUCAUCUCCAUGCCCUAUCCUUAGGUUAGUACCAGCAGUCUGGAGAGCACCCGACUGGAUAAGGAGGGUGAUGAGGGACUGGUGGUCCCCUCCCCCCCUCUCCUUAUGUUUCCCUUGUUAAGGGGGAGUAUAGGCUUGGGUAGAGGUUAAGGAGGUUAGGAAAGGGUUAAGAGAAGUGGGAGGUGGAGUGAGGAAUAGUGGGAGAGACGGUGGGAGGAGUAAUAAGGGGUUAUAAAUAGGGGAGUUCAGGGAGGACGACUUCCUCUUGACAGGGUAAGCGAGUUGCCCACCCUCCCGUCCCUUUUUUGGAUGUAGGAUUUGUUAUACCAGGUUUAUUUUUAUACAUUUAUAUAUAUAUAAAAAAAAAAAAAAAAAAAAUAUUAUU